CCAUUCGUAUCAGAUCAGACUUGAUCGGUUAACAUUGCUCUGUGCCCAAAACCCUAAUUGCAUCGAAUCGCAGAAAGUUAAAGCUUAUCUUUUUUUUGUUUAUCUCUCACCCAAUUUUUUACGAGAAUCAGAGAAAAGUCGAAACCUUUUUCCAAUAAAAAGAAAAAUCGAAACUUUCCUUGGGGUUUAUCACUUUCCUCCUUCGAUUCCAUUUUCUGAUCCUUUUUCUCGCUGUUGCUGGAGAUGGCGGAAGAGAGGAGCUUGAACGGCGAAGCGACUGGUCAGGAUGAUGAGAGUUUCUUCGAUUCUGAUCAGCAAGGCGACGACGGCAAGUCCACGGAACUCAAUCAGAAGAUCGGAGACCUCGAGUCUCAGAAUCAGGAACUGGCCAGAGAUAACGAUGCUAUCAAUCGUAAAAUUGAGAGCUUGACGGCGGAGAUUGAGGAGUUGAGAGGAGCCGAAUCCAAGGCCAAGCGUAAGAUGGGUGAGAUGGAGCGAGAGAUUGACAAGUCCGAUGAGGAGAGGAAGGUUCUUGAAGCCAUAGCUUCUAGAGCUUCGGAGUUAGAGACCGAAGUUGCACGGCUGCAGCAUGAACUGAUCACGGCCAGGACGGAAGGGGAAGAGGCUACGGCGGAGGCGGAGAAGCUGAGGUCUGAGAUUUCACAGAAAGGUGGUGGAAUUGAGGAAUUGGAGAAAGAGGUCGCUGGUUUAAGGACUGUCAAGGAGGAGAAUGAGAAGAGAAUGAAGGAAUUGGAGUCAAAGCUUGGUGCUUUGGAGGUGAAGGAGUUAGAUGAGAAGAACAAAAAGUUCCGUGCAGAGGAAGAGAUGAGGGAGAAGAUUGACAAUAAGGAGAAGGAGGUUCAUGAUUUGAAGGAGAAGAUUAAGAGUUUGGAAUCAGAUGUAGCAAAAGGGAAAACAGAGUUGCAGAAGUGGAUAACAGAGAAGAUGGUUGUGGAAGAUUCGUUGAAAGAUUCAGAGAAGAAAGUGGUGGCUUUGGAAUCAGAGAUUGUGGAGUUACAGAAACAGUUGGAUGAUGCUGAGAAGAUGAUCAAUGGAUUGAAGAAUGUGGUUGAGGAGCCACUGAAUGGCAUUGAGUUCAAGUCAUGGUCGCCGAAUGUGACUGCUGUUGGUUCCGGUGGAGCUGUGGCAGCGGUUGCAGUUGCAGUGGCAGGAGCAGCUGUUGUCUGCUACAUUUACCACUCGAGGAGGGUUUGAUUCUAGGUAUACUUUUUAUGAAUUUGAUUUCUUUGCUUUGAAAGUGUUUCCUACGUAACUUUCUUGUUAUGUGCUUGAGAAUUUGAUUGGUUUCACAAUUUUGGAGUCUUCUUUAUUGUGUGUUUGCUUACUUAUCUUCAUUACAAAUGUCCUUUGGCAACAAUCAAAAGAUUGAAAAAAAGAAAAAACAGCAAGCGGAAUUAAGU